AUGGAUACAGCAUCAUCAUCAAAUCAAAGGUCACUGGAGAGAGUGGUUUCUCAGAAAGCCAUGCAAAUGAGCAAUUCAUUUCCAUGUCAGAUAUGUGUGGUGGGAUUUCUUUCUGGAAUCUGUAUUGCUUCUUUGAUUAUGGCUACUCUUACUUCCAUUGGUAGUUUUCAGUUUUCUCAUUUUUCAAUGCUUAAUUUAUCAUUCAACUCAGAUCUCAAUUCCACUAUCCCACAAUGUUCCUUUAAACCUAAAGAGAUACAAAGAUUAACAGAUUUGAAGAGCAGAAAAGAGAUAGAACAAGAUGAAAGAGUGUCUUUGCUUUAUUCUGCUUGGAAUUGUGUGUUGAAUAAGCCUACAAGUGGGGCAAAUAAGUGCUUAUUGGAACUUGGAAUUAAUGAAUCCAAUUUGCUUAAUGCUCCACAUUUGGAAAACUGCAAGGCGAAAUCGCAGCUGCAUGACCGUCUCGACAAGCGUAUAGGAAAUGAUUCCUUUCCGCCGUGGACAAGUUGGAACCCUGUUGCUGCAACCACUGAUCAGAAUCAAAACUUUAGAAGUAAAGCUGUAUCUGAGGGCGCUUAUCCACCCUGGAUUGCAGGAUCUGAUGAAGAAAACUAUCCUUUAACACGAAAAGUUCAACGCGACAUAUGGAUCCAUCAGCAUCCAUCGAAUUGUAGCGACGCGAAUGUCAAGUUCCUUUUAGCUGAUUGGGAGAGAUUACCUGGAUUUGGCAUUGGUGCUCAAAUUGCUGGAAUGUGUGGACUUCUUGCUAUUGCAAUCAAUGAAGGAAGAGUUCUUGUCACUAAUUUUUAUAAUAGAGCUGAUCAUGAUGGUUGCAAAGGUUCGUCCCGGUCUAGCUGGAAUUGUUAUUUCUUUGCAGAAACUUCGCUAGAAUGCCACCAACGUGCAUUCGAACUCAUGAAAAGUGAUGAUUCAUUGAGUAGAGGAAUUUUGACGACGAAAGAAAAUUAUUCGUCGAAGCAUAUUUGGACGGGACCAACUCCUAGGAUAUGGGGCGAUCCGUGGAACUAUUUGCAACCGACGACUGAUAUAAAUGGCAGUCUGGUGGUUUCUCAUAGAAAAAUGGAUCGACGAUGGUGGAGAGCACAGGCCGUACGAUACUUAAUGAGGUUCCCGACGGAAUACACAUGCAAUUUAUUGAAUGAGGCGCGUCAUGCUGCCUUUGGAAAAAUAGCUGCAAAAAUGGUUUUGGAAAGUCUUGUUGGAGAGUGGCCAAAGAAGGAGAAUGGUGAAAGACCAAAGUCUGAUAUUGAGAAAUAUGUAUGGUCCAAUCACAAGCCAUGGAUCCCAAGACCUCUUCUAAGUAUGCAUGUAAGGAUGGGAGAUAAAGCAUGUGAAAUGAGAGUGGUUGAAUUUGAAGAGUACAUGAUGCUUGCUAAUAGGAUUAGGAAGCAUUUCCCAAAUCUCAAAAGCAUUUGGCUAUCAACAGAAAUGCAGGGAGUGAUAGACAAAACGAAAGAAUAUUCUUCGAGGUGGAACUUUUAUUAUACAAAGGUAAGAAGGCAAGAUAGGAGUAAUGUGUCAAUGGCUGAGUAUGAAGGAAGCUUGGGAAGGGAGAGAAGCACAAACUAUCCACUUGUUAAUUUUCUUAUGGCUGCUGAUUCUGAUUAUUUCGUUGGAGCAUUGGGUUCUACUUGGUGCUUUCUUAUAGAUGGUAUGAGAAAUACUGGUGGGAAGGUUAUGUCUGGUUACUUGAGUGUCAACAAAGACAGAUUUUGGUAG